UUUGCCGCUGAGCACCGGUCACACAUGAGCGAGGGACUUUCCCUGCCGCCUUCGCCGAGCGUCUUAAAUCGGAACGAAGGUCCCAGGAUACUGGACACCACCUCACCCAUAGAUAGCAUUUUAUUAAAAUGAAGACAUUUUGUUUUAUCCUAUACUUUGCAUCCUUUUUGAAAGGGGGGUGGUCGGCCCAGGGGAGGUAUGCCCUCAAGCUGCUAAAUGACCUGAUGGAGAACUACUCCAGUGCCCUGCGGCCAGUUGAGGACACGGAUAAAGCCCUGAAUGUCACCCUGCAGAUCACCCUCUCGCAGAUCAAGGACAUGGACGAGAGGAACCAAGUGCUGACGGCCUACCUGUGGAUCCGCCAGAUCUGGCACGACGCCUACCUGAAGUGGAACAAAGACGACUACGACGGACUGGAGGUCAUCCGCAUCCCCAGCAACCUGGUCUGGAGGCCUGACAUCGUCCUUUAUAAUAAGGCUGACGAUGACUCCUCUGGACCCGCUGACACCAACGUGGUACUUCGCUACAACGGUGAGAUCACCUGGGACUCUCCGGCCAUCACCAAGAGCUCCUGCGUGGUGGACGUGUCCUACUUCCCUUUUGACUAUCAACACUGCAACCUCACUUUCGGUUCCUGGACGUACAACGGUAACCAGGUUGACAUCGCCAUGGGCAUGGACAGCGGCGACCUGUCCGACUUCGUGGAGAACGUGGAGUGGGAGUGCCAGGGCAUGCCAGCCGCCAAGAACGUCAUCAUGUACGGCUGCUGCUCCGAUCCAUACCCCGACAUCACCUACACGCUGCACCUCAAACGCCGCUACUCCUUCUACAUCUACAACCUGCUCCUCCCCUGCCUCAUGAUCUCCUUCUUGGCCCCGCUUGGCUUCUACCUGCCCGCCGAUUCUGGGGAGAAGGUGUCCCUGGGGGUCACUGUACUGCUGGCGCUCACUGUCUUCCAGCUCAUGGUGGCCGAGAGCAUGCCUCCUUCAGACAGCGUCCCUCUCAUUGGUAAGUACUACAUAGCAACUAUGACCAUGAUCACAGCUUCCACGGCCCUCACCAUCUUCAUCAUGAACAUCCACUUCUGCGGUGCAGAAGCCAAGCCCGUCCCUUACUGGGCCAAGGUACUCAUCAUCGACUACAUGGCCAAGAUCUUCUUUGUGUAUGAGGUUGGUGAGAGCUGUGGCUCGCUGCAGAGCGAGAGCGGUCCCUUCCAUCUGGACGAGCCACUGGUCAACGGGGAGCUGGAGAUACACCGUCACCAUGACAACAGGCGGUACCAUCACCAGAGCAACAGCGAGAAGAAAGGGCGGCAUUCUUCCCGGGCUCCCAAGAAAUGCCAUUAUAACGGAUGCGAGGAAUAUCAGCAGAAUGGCGGCAUCAACGCCGGUGUGACCGAGGAGCUACACUGCCCAGAGAAGACCAUCUCCUACACCUGUACCUGUACCCACCAUGACCGAAUCAUGAGGAACAUCGAGUACAUCGCCAGCUGCUUUAGAGAGCAGAGGGCCAACUGUAUCAAAGGCGCCGAGUGGAAGAAGGUGGCCAAGGUCAUGGACCGAUUCUUCAUGUGGAUCUUCUUCAUCAUGGUGUUUCUCAUGAGCAUCCUUAUUAUCAGCAAAGCCAAUUAACACCAGACCAUGAGCCCUUCGUCUUUCACUGGGUCUGUAUUAGAACACGAUUUGAACAUCUGAAAUUUGAAUAAUGCAAUAUGAACCAGAUCAUCUAUCUCUAAAGCAAUAAACUGCCCAAGGUCAUAGAUGUAAUAAAGAUAUUUUCACACGCUUA